AUGAGCGAGCCCUCGACCGAGUUCACAACCGCCUGCAACCAAGCACGAGCACUGUUCGCCAAGUACUGCUCGGUACGUAUGCCUCGAGAUCCCUAUGAGAAAAUUCGUUGGGAAAUGGCUGGCGUGCACCAGUUCCUGUUGGACGGACUGCACAAUAUGUACAUCCUUGCUGAAACAAUUCCCACUCGGGAAGAACAAAACUUUGGGUUCUACUGCUACUGCGCCAUCCAGAAUAUCUUUCAUCAUCACCAUCUCGAAGAGACAUAUAUAUUCCCAAAGCUCGAACCAGAAUUCAAAACUGACGUCCUAUCCGAGCACGCCGCGUUCCACAAGGCACUCGAGGAUAUAAACACGUAUAUCCUGGAAGUCCUCGGUGUUGACGCCGGUAAGACAUACGGCCAAACGGUCCCAGCGCCACACAAGCAAAAGGUUCCAUAUGAUGGGAAGAAGCUCAAGACAUAUCUCGAAGCUCUAGCGGGUCCCUUGCUUACCCACCUCCAGCAUGAGAUUGGAUGGCUUGAACCUGAGAAGAUCCGUGCCAGUGGUGUUCCAGCUGAGCGGUUCGCCGAGAUCGAUGCAAACAUCCAGAGGCAGCUCAAGACAUCUUAUGAUCCUCAUACUGUGUUCGUCUGGGCAUAUGGACAUGUCGCGCCUUACAGUUACUUCCCCGACCUGCCAUGGUUCUUGGUCAAGGUUUUGCUGCCAUGGGUCUGGUACUGGAGACACCGGGCAUCGUGGAAGUUUUUCCCAGACUACUCCAAGUCGCCGUUUGGUCCACUCCAAGACAUCAUUGGCGCAUAA